AUGAAGAAUAAAAAGCAAUGUAUACAAAAUGCUGAAGAUGAAAAGCAUGAAGACACAGAAGGUAGCUAAUAUAGGUUGGAUAUUCUGCUAAAUCAGAUAAGAUAAUAGUGAACAAACAUAUAUCACUUCUUUUUAGCAUCUUCCUACCCCAACAUUUCCAGAUCUAAUAGAGAAAAUCUAAAGCAUUCUUUGGUAUUUCUGGUUUUAACUGAUUAGAGAUAGUGCCCACAGUUCAUGGUCACUUCAGAGGGGGCUUCUGAAAAGGAGAAUAUGUGAAAACUCUUUGUAAGAGGUCCUUUGUACUUCAGGACAUGAUGACUCCUGUUGAUGUGGCAAACUUAAAUUUGAAAGGGCUGAUCCACAUGGCCUGUUAUUCUGGAAUAACAACUCAUUGAAUCUCUUUUAACAUCUGAUUUGUUUACAAUAUCUGACAAAAUAAGCUGCUCUUACCCCUGUCCUUGACAAAGUGCUUGUGUUGUAUGUUAUUUUCUGAUAUGCAAAGGGUUGUAUAGCCGGUGCACAUUGACACACAUUGAAGAUCAAAACUGUGUAAGGCAGGGAUGGCUGACCUUUUUCAUCCUGAAGAUUGUGUUCAGAGUUGGCUAACCUGCAGUUCACAUCUUACAUACAUACACUCUUGCCAUGCAGACAUGCAUGAAGCUGCCCAGUGUCCACCCACAGAGGCACUCAUCAUACAUAUAGAUACAUGUACUGUACUGCACACUCGUUCCCCAUCCUCUCAGCCUAGUUCUGUGGUGGGCCAGUUUCUUCACUGUAAGACUAGACUGCAUGGAGAGGUUUAAACCUCUCAACUCGGCACUGAGAAAUGUCAAUUUCUCCACUGCAGUUCUGAGCUUACGUGAGAAGUUUAAACCUCUCUAUCUAAGUGCUGGGAUGGAGAUUGACCACAGCUUUCCCUCUCAUCUCAGUAGUUGAGAUAUUGCUUCAUUGCAGGAUUGGGCUGUGAGGAGAGGUUUAAAUCUUUCCCAAAUUCAACCUUCCCUCUCAGCUCCAUGAUGGAGAAGUUGCAGUGCUAAAGAGGGGCAUGGCUUUCCCACCUGCAGUAACUUUGUUGGGUGGGCUGGAAUUGGCCUAUGAGCUUGCUACCCCUGAUUUGAGGAGAUGUUUCUGAAGCAUCCAGGAAUUUAAUGCCCAUGUGGAGGUGUGGUAUGAUCUCAAGACCACUGUUUAUGAUUUUUUGAUAUUAUACAUUGUGUCCCAAGUGAAUUGUUAGGCUAACCAGGAAAAGGUAUUGUCUAUUUGGCAUUUGUUAGUUUUCAGUCGGUCUGGAUUUUAAUAGGGUUUUAAGAAAUUAUAGAGUCAACUUUAUUUUUUAAAACUUGAAAAAAAGGCCUAAAAGGUUUCAUUUUAAUCAUAGGAAAAUUAUUGCACUGUUUUUGAGAUAGCUAUUUACAAAAACAAAAAAGAUAUUUGUACUAAAUUUCACCUUACAAUUUUAUAUGCAUGUAGAUCACAUUGUUACCACAGUGAUUUAUAAUUAACCUGUGAAACUAAUUGACAUAUAUGCAGUAGUGACUACUGUCAUAGUAACUUGUUUAAAAGCUUCAGUAAUUCCAUGUCAUGGAUGGUUUGUAGUUGGCCACUACCAAUAGUAGGCCGGAGCAGUUUUCAUAUUCACAUCUAAAGGCAUACACACACACACACACCCUAAAUCUUGACCUGACCUGCUCAUGACCUGGUGGUUGGUAAGGAUGAAAUGUUGGGUAGAGGGGAGUAUGAUAAUCACAGUAUUCAGAAUUCAACAUUUGCAUUCUUGUUGGCUUCAGUCAUACAUAAUGAGAUAACUGCAUUUCAGACCUAGCUGACAAUAUUGAGACAUUUUACUGUCAGCUUACAAAGGAUUUGAGAGUCAACUUUUUAAAUCCACAAGUUUGAACAAAAUUGCAUAUCAGCAUGAUGUGGCAUAUUAUUUAAGUGGAUAUUACUACUACAGACUUCACAAAGCUUUUACAUUUUAUAACAGGUGAAGAGAAAGAAGAAAACUGCUCCUGUUCUUCUAGCUUUCUGUCUGAUGAAGAUGACAGGUGUCCAAUCUGUCUAAACUGCCUGGCAGAGCAGGAGGUUGGUUUUCCUGAAAACUGCAGUCACAUCUUCUGCAUGACCUGCAUCCUUAAAUGGGCCGAAGUAAGUAUAGGUGGUUCAUGGGAAACUUGUAAACUGGCUACUUAAAUGCUUAAAAUCUUUUUAAAGGGUAAUAUUUCUCCUUGGCAGCCUGGCAGCCAAAGAACAGUACUACUAGUUCCUCAUAUUCAAGUGACCUCGAAGGCACAUGGCAGCCUGCUUUUCAAACAUGAGACUUUCAAAAGCAGUAUAUAAUAUAGCAAAAGGGCUUGAUGUUUAAAUGAUUUUUUUAAAAAACCAAAAAAACCAAAACCCAGCUGGCAUGCCUAAAUCAGCUCUUUGUGAGUUAUGGCCCAAAUGUAACUCAUUUCACAUUUCAGCGAAGUACUCACAUCACCACAUUUGGUAAAUGCUUAGGUAGUGGCCUUUGUUUGUUGGAAGUUAAUGUUGUGAGCUCUUGAUAAAUGGUUUGUCCAUUUGUCUUCCCAAACUCUAUAGGUAAUUAUUGUGUCUCCUUUCCAAAGUUCCUACUGCUGUUGCUUUCCAGGGAAAUCUGCUAAAUGAUGAUCCCAUAGUACUGACCUAUUUUCUUGCAACUUUGUAAUAUUGUGCUUUGUUACUGUAGACUUCUUUCUUUGCCUGUGUAGUAUACUGCUUAUGCAGUAUAACAUUGUUGCUUUCAACAUCUUGCUUAUUGUGAUGAACAACCCAGAUUGAGAUUGAGAGAACUUCAUAAGGACCUAAAGUUUUAUACACAUCAUAUGCAAUACUGUAACUAAUGCUUAUCCAGCUUCUUAGAAACCUUUUUGGAGAACUACUUUUUCUAGGCAUCUUUUAUUGCUGUGAUCACUUAUCGCUGUGGCAGAUAUUAUAAACCCCAGAGUUUAAAUGCAUACUCUUCAUGUCCUACUCUAAUCAGUAGGACAAAAUGUUUCUAAAAGUCAGUAAUUGUUUUCUAUGUUCAUGGCAUUCCUUCAAGUAUUUGAAUCUAAUUAUCCAGAAUUGUGGUCAUGAUAAAAUGUUUAGUCCCUCUGCUUUAGAGACACAAGGGUAGAAAAACAGUGUGGCAAGCAAAGCCCAGCAGGCAUUGCACUUAUGCACAGGUUGAUCUUGCUUAAUGAGCAGAAUGUGUGACUGGAACUAGGUGGGUUGAGAGGAGGGCUCAGAUCUUGCAGUCAGUCUGCAUGUCAAUAUCUGGAAGGGUCUCGUAGGUUGGUUGUAGAAGUUCUUCGUAGUUGCUGGAUCCGAGUCACUGCUAUGUGGCAGUCUGUGGCCCUUCCCACUCAUCAGGAGGGAAUGAUAUGAAUAUGGUUGCAGUAAGGACAGUAUGGAGUCCGAAUUCAGUUUCUAUUGUUCCCCUGCUUCCACCACUCUUUGGAGACCUGGGUUUUACUACUGCACCACUCUGCCUCCACCAUGUGACUUCCUGGUUGAUUGCUUGCUAUCUAUCUAAACUGCAAGAUCACACCUUUAUUUUAUCAUCUGUAGGAUUUCCACCACACACACCUGAAAUAUCAAACAUGUCUGCUUUCCUAAUUCCUUUUAUAUCUCCGUUGUCAUCAUUUAAUUCCAGACAAUUCAUUUAUUCACCUUUUACCAUCCACACACCAAUAUGCAUGCACACACACAGGUGUCAUAUUUGUGUUCUUUAAGAACUCUUGAGUGGAUAUCAUCUGAACCCAGUCAUUUGUUUACAACUGGUCAACAAGGCUUACAUCAGCUCUCUUGAUGCUGUGUCUCAACCCAGACUGGUAGUUGUCUUGCUCCAAACAAAACACAAGUUGUAGUUCGUGUUUGUGUCUUACUGCACAUGGUUUGUAUAAGAGAGACCAACUAUGAUUCCAGAUUCAAAUCUAGCACUCAGCCAAGCCAUGGCCCAACUGUGAUAGCAGCAGGACCUGGAGAGUGAAGUGGCAGCAAUUUUUGCUUGGAGAACCCACAUACUCCUUGUUCAUUCCUGCUUAGCUAUGCUUUGGGUUAGUGUUACAUGCAAAGUGGACCAGUGUUCUCUUCAUACAGGACUGCCACUAUUGAUUUGAAAUCAAUGGACAUGACUAACUGAGGUCGAUUAAUUUUCAUCAUCUUCUCCUGAGUAGAACUGUCCUGGACUGGCUGCUGACAAUAACUCAGUUGGAUACAACCCUCAGUCCUAUGGAUAUAGUUGGUUUGAAAUUUAAAUAAAUGUGCAUAUUACAAACCCUUUGCUACUGGUGCCUUAUUGGUUUAUGUGAGAACUAAACCUUUAAUCAAAACUGCCACUCCUAGGAGGAAUGGCUAUUAUUUCUAAAAUAUCCUUAAAAAUAAAAUUGCUGUUGAUUUGCAACCCAACAGAUCAGCUUGCCCUUGCUGAUUGAUCAACUAAUGGUUUAAUUGAUUUAUUUAUUAAGCCAAUUAGCAUCUGGAGUCUUAAAUUAAUUGAAAGUAACAGAUUCCAGAGGAAUAUGCAUGCAGGUUGGUUUGAAUCAAGAGAUUCAAAAACUGGACAGACGAUACAGUUGUUCCUUUUCUUUGGAGAAAAAAACCUAUUUCUAAUGUUAUAAAAUAGUGAAAUGUGAACAAAAUCUUCUUUCAGACCAGAGCAUCAUGCCCAGUUGACCGCAAACAGUUCCAAGCUGUAUAUAAACUAAAUGCAUUAGAAGACUGCAUAAAGGCAAGUUCCAGUGUUUAUUUAAUUUAUAUUUUGUGUUUAGAAAAUUACGAUCAGAAUAAACUAGCGUUUUGUUCUUCAAAUAUCUGAAUAAUUAUUUGGUCACUAAGGCAGGUUGGAUGCUGUUAAUGGCAUGUUCUAACUUUGACCAAAAAACAUUUGUUUAAAGCAUUUAACCCUGACAGAAGGAGUCCUUCUCUUUGUGGAAGUUGAAGUUUAUUUCCACCCCAUUUUUUAUAUACUUCACAAUUAUUUCUCAGUGUUGGUAAAAUCAUACCAUUUAGCGCUCAAAUGAUUUCUUAUUUUAUUUGUUGGCAAGCUGUAAUUCCCAGCACAUCUCAGAAAGUUCUAGUGUUUAACUGUGAUUGAUUUGCAAAGCAGAUGCUGAUUGCUCUUUUCGAUUAAUUGUAGAUUUGGGCAAGGGGAGAGAUUGGUCUCUGUGUUUUGUCUUUGCAGAAGGUAAAAACAGUGUAAUACUUCGGCUGCUUCUGCAAACAUAAGCAAGACCCCAUUCUCCCGAGUCUUCUGCCAUUUGCAGAAGAGGUGGAGAAGGAGAGAAAAAGAGAAACACACAGUAUUUUUUAUUCAGCCUAGGCUUCCCUCUUACUCCAUACCCCUGCUUCUCUAAAACCCCAUAAAGGUGUUGUUAUCAGGAUUCUUCCAAAUACAUGAUUUCUGGGAAGUAAACAAUGUCUAAACUUUAGGACCCAUGUUUAUUUAAUAAUAAAAGGCUAAAAUCAUAUUUGCUCCAAAAUGAUAAACUAGGAAGACAUUAGGAGUGAAAUCCAGGGCUGUCAUGCCAUGCACAGAAUGGCUUUUGAUUUAGCAGAGAUGAUCACUAACAGUGAUAAACUAUGCCGUCCUACUAUAUUUCCCUAUGCUCCUGAAAAUCAGUUAUAGAAGUUUAGGGGACCCUUUAAAACUUUGUGGAUAGUGGUGUGGGCAGCUGCAAUGUGAAUGGGAAACUGGAAAAAAUACCCUUCUUUCUUACAUUAGCAGAUUCCUCCACGGUCAAAAACUGUUUUCUGAGCAGGAUGGCAACAGCAGAUUUCACCCUGAUAAUUCAAUCAGUAUCUUGGGAACACUUUCAUGCGGCAAAUAAUGAGGACCGUAUGAAGAGCCAGUGUGGAUUUAGUGGUUAAGAGCGGUACAUUCGUAAUCUGGGGAACCGAGUUCACGUCUCCGCUCCUCCACAUGCAGCUGCUGGGUGACCUUGGGCUAGUCAUACUUCUCUGAAGUCUCUCAGCCCCACUCACCUCACAGAGUGUUUGUUGUGGGGGAGGAAGGGAAAGGAGAAUGUUAGCUGCUUUGAGACUCCUUUGGGUAGUGAUAAAGCGGGAUAUCAAAUCCAAACUCCUCCUCUUCUUCAAUUGUCUAGUAGCUUAUAAGAAAAGUUUUAUUGGACUUUUUUAUGUUUUCAGAAAACACCAAGACAGAUUUUUAGUUUUUUUACUGGUAACUACCCAAGCGUGUGCUAUUGAACAAACUUCUGCUUUGUCUCUUUUCCUAGAAUGAGAAUGUCUUGACCUAGAGUUCCUUUAGAACAAAGUAGUGUGAUGCUAUAAAUCAGCAUUGGCAUUUUUAUAUCGUGUAUUAAGUGAAUAAUGCUGUAGGCUGAAUCACAUAACUACUAGGUUAUAAAUAUUAGAGAAAAUGAUUUGGGAAAUUGCUGUACUAAUUUUAACAUUCCUUACAGGUUCAAAUAAAGGAACAAGUAAGCAAAAAAGAUGACCUACUUAGCUGUAAUGAGGGCAAGUAUUGCCCUGCAAAUAUGAAAAACUGUACAAGGUUAGUAAUGAACCUUUCCUUUACUGUUGAUGUCAUGUCUAGUUCGUUCAUAAACAUUGAUUAGAUGUGUUUCAGAUUGAUAAGGAUGAUACCAAUAAGUAAUACUCUGAGUACUCGCAUAGAGAUCAAAAGAUUUGCUAUUUAAGUUUGUUACUUUGUACCGGGUUAAGAGUAUGACUAAUGUUGAAUAUGAUACGACCCUAAAUAAAUAGGCAAUAUUUAAGACAAUUUGCUGAGAAAGGAGCCAUUAGAUGGCAUAGGUUGCUAUCACCCUUUACCAGGAUUAAUCUUCAUAUUCUUUGGAGAUAAGCAACAGUUUGUUGCUGUACAUUUAAGUGUCCAGAGUAUCAUAGCAGUUUCAUUCUUUAGAUCUUGGAUGUUAAAGAUCUUUAGGGCAUUUAUAGAGUUCAUUCCUUUAUGGGACCUUGGUCCAUCAUUAGCACACACUAAAUUGCUCGGCAUAUAACUGUUUUGUAUGUGUUUGCAGAAAACAUGAAAAUGCAGGGAAAGUGCAUUUAACAGAAAUCUCCUGUAAAGGCUGGAACCAAAAACACAGUAAGUUUUUUUUUUUUUUUUGUCACUAACUUGGCUUCCCUUUGAAAUUUCAAAACUACAUGUUGCUAGUGCUUUGGAUGUAUUUGAUAUGCUUCUAUCAGAUUAAUGGUUUCUAAGCCAAUUUCAGCAGAGCAGAGAGGAAACUGCAAUAAAUCAAAUCUAGGCUCCAAUCAAAAUAACCUCAGGGGUUCUGAUGCUUACUUGUCCAGUAUGCCAGUGUUGAGGGGACUGUGUACUAUGCAGGACUUUUAAAGAGAAUUGGCAAACCUUUCCAUGCACAAAGAGGUCCUGCUCACAUAUACACAGACACACUUGAUAAGGUCUGAGCUUAGUAAAUAGCAACAAAUCAAUCAAAUUGCUUAUUGUGUAUUAGCAAGUAUUUAAACUGUAUAUUUUUCCUUUGAAGCUCAGUCUCACAUCCCCAGCAUUUGGGGAACAAUUUCUGUGGUCCAGAGCAUUCUUUUCAUAUGAUGUUUCAAGAGAAAUUCGGUGUGCAUGGAAGUGGCCUCUGCUUCCUAACCACAAACCUUGCUUCUCAUGUUGGCCCUUAGCUCUUUCGCUGACCCUAUCGGAAAAGAGUCAUUACUCCCUAAUUGUCAACUAGUAGCCCAGAGAUAGGGGUGCUUAGAUAUGUAGCAAGUCACUAAUUCUAGGCAAAAUAGCCAGGAUAGGCUUGACAAAAACAGAGUCCUGUGGCACUGUGAAAGCUUAACCAAAUUCUAGCAUCAUCUUGAAUACAUGAGAUGUGUCAGCAGGGGAAUAGUGUGAGCUGAAUGUACCUCUGGGUGUACUGAAAUAGUUAUAUAGUUGGCUGGUUUGUAGUCUGUGUUGUGAAAUUAUAUAAAGAACAGACAAAUACUGUAUCUUAUGUGUCCCACUGAUUAGCUUGGGUAUAUGCUAGUAAUUUUCUAAUCUGAUUGUGUUUUUUUCCCAAAGGGCUUUUGCAGUAGUAAAAUGUUUGUGAAAUUCUUACAUUUAAAAUGAAAUUUAAUCUAUGUUUAAUUGCCUUAAUGCUAAUGAUUAUCAGAUUAAAGUGAGAUUGUGCUUUUUUUAAUCAUUAUAAAGGUUCUUCAAACAAAGAAGAAGAUAAAAGUUCUAUUUCUAUGAAGAAAAAUAAGGUUUGUUUGAUUACUUUUAUGUUUAAAGGACUAAAAGUUACUGAAUACAUUUUUGUUUAAGGCGGCUUCGCCUCAGGUUUGUGCAAUGACAGUACAAACUGGGGGGUCUCCAGAGUCUUAGGCAGAGAUCUUUCCCAUCACGUGCUACCUAAACUUUUAAAGUCUGUGUCGAGAUAAUUUGUUUGAGGUGCCUAAUUACAAUGAAAAAAAUUUAAGGACUUUCUAAAUGCAAAGUGUCUCCUCUACCUCUGAGUCCUUCCCUGCCACGCCAUCCUAGUUUGUAGACCUAGCAGUGAAAGUGAGUUUCAAGACCUUGUAAAAUGUGUUGCAUGAAUAUAUUUCUGCCCGUGUCUCAGUGCAGUUUAGAUGGCUUCUGCAGUUAUAUGACUAGAAUAUAAAUCUUCUUUCAAAUGUUCUUACAUCUGGAACCCUUUUUUGUUAUAUAACUAUUGGAUGCAGAGGUUACCACAGUGUUUUACAUUUAAAACUUUAUUUUGUAGCCCAGAAGACAAACCUGCUCAAGCAGAUUUCUCAGAAGUAACUUCUGUGGUAGAUUUUCUUCUAAUAGUAGCUUCAAUGGAGAAUCUCAUAAUUACCAAAAUGAAUGGUCAGUAUUGAAUCUAUUGUUCACAAAGACUAUUGUAAUACUGUAAAAUGUUAAUGUGACUCAUUUGACUUCCUGGGAAAAUGUAGAUCUAGAUUAACUUUUUUUCCUCGCAUAUAAAACCACUGUAGUAGGAUCUACUCCAGCAAAAAAAGAGAAAUAUGUAAUUGAGCCCUAAUCUCCCAAUAUUAUCUUUGUAAAUAUUCUAGAGCAAUUUUUAAAAUCUGAAAGUCUGUCUCUGUGUAGGGUUUAAAUGGCUUUUGUAUCUGUUCUCCUUGGAACGAAGAGCCUACAGUGAGUUAGACCUUUUGUUCCAUCUCAUUCAGCAUUGUCAACCCUGAUUGGUAGUGUCUCUCCAAGGUUGCAGUUCUUCCUGGCCUAUAGAUACCAGGGAUUGAACCUGGGACCUUUGACAUGUAAAGCAUGAUCACUACCACUGAGCUACGGCCUUUCCUCUCCUAAUAUGCUGUUGUCAUGUUGUCAUGUAGUGUUGCAGCUUUGUGUGUGAGCUGAGACCCAAUUCAAAUAUUACAUCUCCCUUGAGCACUUUAGGUUGGACUCGAUGGCCCUUGUGGUCUCUUCCAACUCUAUGAUUCUAGGUGACCUAAGGAAGCCAGUGGCUGUGUUUUGUCAUAAUGCUAAACCAUUGUAUUGGAUUGUAUAUCAGACUAGGGGUUGUAUGCUCCCUCUUCCCUCUCUUACGGUGUGGCAUCAAUGGCAAGAUAGGAGACUUCUGAUUUAAGAGUGACUGCAUUUCAGUGUGUUUGAAGCCUAAGCAGUAGUUAAUCUUAUCUGUGGUCAUUUGAAACAAGUCAGCUUCAUGAACUUUGGUUUAAAUGGACUUAACGAACGGGCUUGUUUUAAUGGACUAUAGUUAAAAUUAACUGCAUUUUGUCUGGAGUUUAGAUAUUGCAACAAGCUGCAUUUUAUUUAAAAUGGAAACUUCUGAAAUCUUCCUUACCGCUAUGCCAGAGCAAGAGAUGGGUGGUGGCAGUCUGGAGGAAGGAAGCACAUGAGCCUUCAGAUCAGUUUAUCCUUGUACUGUUCAACUUUGCUGCAGUUUUCUUUAUCUGAAUGAGACCAGUAUCUGUACCUCAACCCAUUCAUCUGCUGCAUAAGGAUAAUACUGACCCACCCACUUUGUGAGACUAUUAAGCGUUAUUGAGAAUUAAUAUAAAGUGUACAUGUAUGUCAAUUAUCAUUUUCCAUUCUGGAAAUCUAUCUGCCACCUUGUUAAGCUGCACAUCAAGGCCCUAAAAUUUAUUUCAAAUUUAUGUUCCAGUAUAGAGAUCAGCAAAAUUGACACAAUGAUCGGGCAUAAGAGAAGAGAGCUGGAGUUGUCAUGUUCUGUACUAGCUAGUAUGGCAAGGUAAAGCAACCAACUGGUUAAGAACUGUUUUGUUUUUAAAUGCACUUUGUCACUAGUGAAGCUACAGUCACAAUAUCUAAAGAACAAUAACAACUGGGUUAAGAUAAACUUUCAAUAGUAUUUGAAAUUAUGUGGGGGGUUUUUAUUUACAUAUGAGUGCACAGAAUGAAAUACUUAUAUUUUAUGUUGUGAACCGCCCUGUGAUCUUCGGAUGAAAGGCGGUAAACAAAUUUAAUAUAUAAUUAUAAUUAUAUUAAAAUGUGCUUUGCAAUAUAAUAGUUUGGUUCUGUCUACUAUUCUGAAUCGAUAGAACCUCAGUUAAGCAAAGGGUUUGUCUGGUUUCUUGUUUUGCAUUCAGAAUGCUUAAAACUUAGGAUCAUCAUAUUGCUCGCAAUAAGAGGAAUGCAGUAAUAAGAGUGUUUUUGCACUUAAGUCUGGUUAUAUUUUUAUUUUUUUAUUUGUAAUGCAUAAACCUAACGUUAAUGAAUAUUUGGGACAAUGAUACUUGCAGGCAAAUUCAUAAUCCAGGUGAUUAAAAAGCUAGUAAUAUACUUACAGAUUUCAUUUUGGAAAGCCAAAGCGUUUUCUUUUUUCCUAUUCCACUUCAGACCUUUUAGAGGAGUCCAAAUUAUCUAAGCCCAAAAGGACUUUGGCCAAGAUAACAAACUUUAAAUCCAAGAAGGGAGUCUCAAUCCUUCAUGUGCUUUUCAUUACUAUUUAUCCAAUGGAUACAAUGUGUUUCUAUAUGGCCUUAUGUGAUUCCCCACCACCCCCCGGUAGGAUUCUUCCUGUAACUCUUGUUUUUAUGUGGGUUAAUUUUUACAGAAUACCUUCCAUGGGCUGUGAAACAGAGAUGACAACCUGCUGUCUGGUUUCCACUGCUGUAGUGGAAACUCUUUUUUUGAGAAGUUCUUCGCCUUUGGAAAACUUUGGUAAAUUUUUUUUGUAAGUUUUAUUUAUAGUUCAUAUAAAGCAACAUUUUCAUUAAUUCCUCCAACUAUAUUAUGUGAUUUUCCCUAUUUAAAUAUACAUUUUAAGAGUUAAUUGUCACAUUGGCGCAAAGUAAAACACAAAAUAAUUUGAAAUGUCUAAAGAAUGUUCAGAUGUAAAGUUGGUUUUUUAACAUAAUAUGGGAGGUGGCUAAGGUAGAAUGUGCAGGCCCUAAUUUCUUCUCUUAUUAUCUCUCUACCAUGCCCCAGGUUAUAGAAAUUAUUUCACUGGUGGAUAUAACAUUUCCAUGCAGAUAAGCUAGGGCUGAACAGAUCCUAAAUUAAGUCAUUCUAAGCUUGCCUAUAAAAUCUAAUCUUUUUAAGGUUAUCCUGCUGAACAAAUAGAUACUUGCAGUUCAGAGGGACUUGAGCUAUCUAGUUCUUUUCAAUAGAUGUAUAGAUUUCUGUUUAUUUUAUUAUCUUAAACAGAAUUCCUGCUUCAUAAAACAUUUUCCCUACUAGGAAUAUACAGAAUACAUAUCUGUGCAUUGCACAUAUGUGCACACAGAAAGAAAGGAGAGAAGUUAUUUUGAGGAAUCAUAAGUUCUUUUGAGGUAGUGUGUUUGCACAGUGUUCCUCAGUCUAUCCCACUUUUUCCUGUUCAUAGUGAUUCUAUGAACUAGAAUAGGAAUAUAGGAUUUAGGGAUGACACAAAUUGAUGAAUGAUUCUGCACAUAUUUGAGCUUCAUUCUAUUUAAGGGUGGGGACCUGAGAGUUAAUGGCUUCAUAGAAGAAGCCCAUUUUAUUUUAGGCUUUAAAGAAUGGGGCAGAAAUGGGACAAUGAGCAUUUGGGGUGAGGAUACAAGGGCAAAAAGGGAGAAUAGAUUUCUAAGGGAGUAGAGCCCCCUUCACACCUGAAGCACAUUAACAGCAAUGCUGCUGGCUCCAGCUCCUGCCAUGCACAUGUUGGCAUAGGCUUAGCUGCAGCGAUCACAUAGCAGAUGGGUCUUUGCCAAUGCAUGGAUGUACAGGGAUGGACAAACUGCAAGCUUGGAGUGAUUCAUGUGUGAAGAUCGCUCAGAUAGUGAGCAGCAGCCAAGCUAGUGUUCUUGGUGCUUUGUAUAUAAAGUAUUCUAAUUUAGAAAUUUGAUCUGAGUUAAUUUAUUUGAAAGAAUAAACUAUAAAAUAAGACAUAUACCCAGGCAAAUAUGGCUCUUUAGGAGACUGGCUAGGACAGUGGCGCCAUAGACGGUAACCUGUAAGAGCUGAGACAACUAGUGAGGUCUCACGUUUUGGAAGCAGCUAUGAGGUAGAAUGCCACCUAUGGGCUUAGCCGCAGCGAAAGACCUUGCGAGUUCCUGAGAUUUUUUGCUUUUACACAUGCUAUCUAAUCACUGACCUUACGUGCUCUAAUAUGUAGCUUGGCUAAUCCCUAAGCCUUUAAGCCUCUAAUACUAGCCGCUAAAGCAAAAGCAGUGUGCUAACCAGCUAAGCCGUCAAUGGCUCGCCAUAGACAAAAAGCAUCAGACAGAAGACUCCUUGCCAGACGGAUUAGUUCAAAUCUCGCAGAACUACUGUAGCCCCAGAAUAAAGAAAAAGCCUAGCCAAAGAGGCAAAUACUGAAUUAAAUGUGGACAUUUCUAAAAUAAGUAAUGUUUGCAUUCACCUUACCUCAGUACAUUAAACAUUCUUUCCUCCUCUUCCUUUAAUACAUAUAUAUUAGAGUCUUCAGAAAAGGGGCAUGUUGUUACAUAUGUCCAGGAAGGAGAAGAGAAAAAACAAACUUCUGGUGCAGCUGGCACAAGAGGAACAAGAAGGAAGGUUUCAGAUACUACACCUAGAAGAAGAUCUGCCCGGAAUGCUAAAACUGAAACCUCGAGUCAGUCUCAGAGUUCACCAAAAUCCAGCAAUUCCGGAUGUGAGGCCAGUGGCGAUGGUAGCUCAUUUAUGAAUGCUGCUACUGCAGAAUCUGAGAAACUACCUCCAAAGCGGAAGGCUAAAAGAGGAGCUAAGCAGAAGGAACCUGUGGUUAAAAAGAAGCUCAGAAGUUCUGGACGUUAUGGAAAACCAUCUAGUGACCUAUUAGACGAUGAAUCUGAGACAGAGGUAACAACAGUACUAGAUAAAAGCAAUCUACCCGACAGUGAAAAUACUGCCACUGACCUGAGUCACAAAAAUGAUGUAGAAACAGAGUCUGCUAAUGGCUUGGAAAAUUCCAAGGACUGUGUGACAUGUCAGGAAGAUCUUACAGGAGAUGCUGGUGAAGGGCAGGCUACUUUAGACACUGGUUCCUGUGUUCAAGAUCCUCCUUUGCUCACCCUAGAGGGAGACACUGAAAAAUGUGAAGUAAAGGAAGACACUGAGUUUGAAAAUAAUGGAUGUCCUGCUGCUGAAGAAGUAGAUAAAAUUUAUAGUGCUUCUAGAGAAGAUACCUACAAUGAUACAGGAACACUUACUCAUGAGCCUCAGGAAUUAGGCAGUCCUAAGAAUGAAUUGCCGGAGAAAUUGGAACCCAUGGCAACAGCAGAUCAGCCUUUGGACAGUCCCAGGAAUGAAAUCCUGGAGAAAGUCGAAAGUGUGGCAAUAUCAGAUGAUAUGUUGGCUGAUCCUGAAAAUGAGUUGCUAGGUGCAACCGAAUCUGUGGCAGUAGAAGAUGAGCCAGCGCCUGAUUCUAGAAAUGAAUUCCUGGGAGACCUUGAACCUUUGUCUGUAGCAGAUGAGCCUGUGCCUAGUCCAAGCAAUGAAUCGUUUGGUGAGUCAGAAUCUGUAGCAAUAGUAGAUGAGAUGUUGGAGAGGCAUGAAAAGGAAAUGCCCGAGAAGACAUUAGCUCCUCAUUCUUCUGAGGAUAAAUCACCAGAAGAAAUGGGAUUUGAGGCAGUAGUCAAGGAGCCAUUGGAAAAUACCACAAGCACGUUACAGCAGCUUCCAGUGCCAUUGGAAAUGGAAGGUAUGAACACUGUCGAAAAAGAAGUCUGUGUACCCACAGAGAAUGAAAAAGAUAAUGAUUUAUUAAUUACAAUUUCUUCAGACAAUACAUUCAAUCAGAUUUUAGAAGAGACUAGAGGAGAUUCUAGAACCAGUUCAUCACCUAAGUUGGAAGACCUUAAACAUUUUAGUGAAGACAAUAAUGAGAUAGUAGCUAUGGAGUGUGACUCAUUUAGCAGUGACCAGAAUGAAUCUCGGAUAGACCAGCCACUAAUGAGUAAUAGUGUAGAGCAAGAGGCAACCUCCUUUUCCCAUGAAACUGAAAACUCGGUAUCCCUUUCGAGCUCUUCUGACAAGAAAGAAGAAACAGAAUGCUCCGCAGAACUUAAAAAAGAUAAAAAGACUAGGACUAGAAGAUCAAGAUUUCAUUCUCCAUCAACAACUUGGUCACCAGCCAAAAGAGAGGGGAAAAGAUCUCAGUCUCCAUCUCCCAAGAGGGAGAUUGUGGCUGAAAGCAGGAUGUCUCGAUCUCCUAAAAGGGAUGUUUCCAAAGAAGGGCGAAGAUCUCUAUCACAGUCUCCGAAACGAGAUCCUCCAAGAGAAGAGAAGAGAUCCCCAUCCUGUUCUCCUAAAAGAGAAACUCUGAAGGAAGGGAAAAGAUCUAUGUCCCAGUCUCCAAAGAGGGAUCUUACGAGAGAAGGGAAGAGGUCACCGUCGUCUUCUCCAAAAAGGGAUUCUCUCAGGGAAGGAAGGCGAUCUUCUCGGACACGAGCGAAGGAAUCCUCUCCAAGGCACAAAUGCCGAUCUCAAAGUAGGGAUAGAGAUAGUGAAAAAGAUGGGCAAAGAAGAGAUCAUGAAAGAGAGAAGAGUAGGAGGAGAUGGUCACAAUCACGAUCAAGGUCUCGAUCUAGGUCAAGAUCAAGGACAAGAAGCAAAGGCCCUUCAUUCCCUAGAAAUGAGAGGGAUGGCUAUUCACCUCCCAGGUGGAAAGAACGGUGGACAAAUGAUAGCUGGAGAAGUCCCAGAGGAAAUGACAGAUAUAAAAGAAAUGAGCAAGAGAAGCAGACAGAGGGUAUGAAAAGAGAGAGGGACAGUUCAAGCAAAGAUGCUGACAAGCAAUCUUAUUCUGACCAGUAUAGGAAAGAUUAUCCAGACUGGGUUAUGGAAAGGAUAAAUUCUGUUCCUGAAACAAGGAACAGAGAGAGGGACAAUUUUAAAAAUCAACCGUGGGAUGAAAAUAGGCAAAAUGAUUCAGGGCCUCCAUGGAACAGAAGCUUUGGAUCAGGUUGGAAUUCAAAUCGCAGCAGAGGUGGCCGUGGCAGAGGUGGCCGUGGCAGAGGUGGCUUUACGUAUGGGGACCAGAGUGAAAACCGCUGGCAAACUAAGAAGCCACACUCGGGGAAUGCAAAUAGUUCCGGAAUUGAAAGUUCAAGGUUUCCAGAGCACCAACCAUACAAACGUAAGAUGGAGCAAGACUUCUCUUUCGAUACACCUGCUGAUAGGUCUGGGUGGACUUCUGCAUCAAGCUGGGCUGUGAGGAAGACUUUACCAGCAGACGUACAGAAUUAUUAUUCCAGAAGAGGAAGAAAUUCGUCAAGCCCACAGUCUGCGUGGACAAAGCCAGAAGAAGUAGCACCUGAGCAAGGUAUUUAUUUUUCCCAUAUUAACGCAUAAAUCACUGGUUUGGGAUAGAGCGGGCAGACAAUCCCUCUUUUUUAAAAAAAAAUUCUAAGAAUGCUAGACAGGGGAUGGUUAACUUUAGCUUCUGUGCAACCGUCCCAACUUAAAUAAUCACAGCCUUGCUGAAAUGGCGAAGCCUUCAAAAUGGGGUAUGUUCCACUUUCCUGUUCACCCACUAUAGCACACAUGCUUCUCAUUUAAUGUUGAAUAAAACUUUGAUUUUUUUUUUUUUGGUGCCCUUAAAGCUUUAGUACAUCUAUUCAAAAAUCUGUGGUAAAUUUUUUUAACUAUUCGUGCUGUACAGUGGAUAAUAAUGUAGCUGGAAUGUAUCCGCUCGGUACAGCUCUGUGGAAAAGUAUUUAUGUGGCGCACAAAAUAAUACUUUUAAGAGAACCCUUUAUUGUAUGUUAAGUGAAUGUCUGUGAGGAUUGUAUUUGACACAUCAGAUAUCCCUCCAUAACUGUUUAGCAAAGUAAACAAUGGAUUGGAUCCUAAGAUCUCGAGAGUGCUGCUCCACUCAUCGAAAGGAUGCUCCUGAAAAUCAAUGAGAGAUGAUUUUUUACUGAUUGACCAUCGCCUGCAGCCUCCUCUGCUUUCUCUUCCUUCCCCCACUUCCUGAAAACUGCUCUAGAGGGCUAGGGAGCUUCUGGAACAGUAUGCUAGGUGGCAUUGGACUUAGAUCCAUUUAACUCCGUAGUCCCAUAUUUUAGCCUACACUGCAGAGACAGCAAAACAAGAGCAUAUAAAAUAACAAGACCAGACUACCACGUGUGCUCUUUUUGGGGAGACGGAGAGAGAGAAAUCUGGGUUCCAGAUUUAAGAUGAUGAUAUUAGAUACCAUGUAUGCACUGCAUGCCCUCCAUUGUGCUCUGUUUUUUGUAAUCCUUUAUGGAACUACAUGUUUCAAAAUGUCUUUCCCCCGUCUGAUAGAUCCAAACUUCAAAGACCAAGCCAGCCAACAAGGCGAAAGUUCUCAACUACCCAUAAACGUUCUGCAGCCUCAGAUGAAUGUAAUGACACCCGUAAAUACGCAACAUCAGUCAAUGAAUAUCUUCCCAUAUCCAAUGAGCGUCCCUGGUCCUAUUGUGAACAUUCAGCACAAUCCAUUUAGCCUUCCUCCACCGGUGCCCAUGCAUCUUCAUACAGGAGUGCCUCUCGUGCAGGUAGCAGCUUCAGCCAAUGUGUCUCAGGGACCACCUCCACCACCACCACCUCCACCACCAUCCCAGCAAGUUAACUAUGUUGCUUCCCAACUGGAUGGAAAGCCGUUGCAGGUAUAUCGUUUGAUUGUAAAAAAGUAAAUAAAUGUAGUUUUAAAACUGACUUUUGGAACAGGGUUCUUUUCUUGUUUUAUGUAAAUAUUAUGCAUUUGGCUGGAAGUUUUCCUUAAACAAUUUAAUGCUGCCACUAGAUUGACUCAAAAGCCCAUUGGGUGGAGGGGGGGGGAAUUGGCUUGAAUCAUUCUUUAGGAAAUCCAUGGAAGGAAAAUAAGCUGUCCCCUCUUUCACCCUGUACACCAUCUACAAUUGUUCAGGAUGGCCCUCACCUUAAGCCAUAAAAUAUCCCCAGUUAACACUUAUCCUUUGUUAGUUAACAUUUCUCUUCUGUCAUUCUAAUGGGGAAAGUAUUGCUUUACACAUUAUUUAUACAAAAGGAAGAGAGGAGGAAGAGGAGCUUCAGUUUUUGGCCCUGUUCGUGCAUACUGUUGUGUGGCUGUCAUGCCAUGUGAAAUGCAUCUGCAGCGGGAUAGGGUGAUGGCUUAUGAGUGUCCACAUGAGCAAGAACUGCUCCCAGGUUAGGUGCCUGCCCUGCCGUGGAAACAUAAAACCUUGGUAAUCUGCCCAAUCCACCUGGUUGCUGGUUACAGAAAUCGCUGCUUCAGAGCAGAGUCCCCAGCAGUGUGGAUACAGUGACUUUGCAACAAUGAUAAUGUAUGAAUUUGGCCUAGUUCAUAUUAUUUUUAAAAAAGCUUAUAUGUAGUCUGGUGAAUUUGUUUCCCCAUUGUGAAAAAAUUCAUUGACAGUAAAUUCAUACACAGAUGGUUUGAGGAGCGGGGGGAGGACAGCAACAGAAAUUGUUUACAAAAGGCUAAAAUCCGAGUGCAGGAUAAAAGCCAAUCCCAUAUGUGUGCGUUCACUCAAGUCCUGUUCCAAGAAAUACAUUUUUGUUUGUGUCUUUAUAUGGAAGUGAUAAUCUUCAUUGUUAAAUUCAUUUACAUCUCAUUUGAUAUACCCUACUUAUAAAAAGGAACAGGAGAAUAUUGGUCAUUUUUUGUGUGGUGAUCAAUUUGUCAUUACUUUGAAGAGGUCUGCUUUAAGUUAAUAUUCCUGGCUUAGGUGGGGUGUCUUUCGCAUCAUAAUCAGAAUGUUAAUCGGGUUCAAUUCCAGAAAGCUUAAUCAAAUUAAAACAAAACCAACACUGAAACAAUGUCUUAAUGAAGAGGGAAUUGUGGGGUCGGGGUGAAGAGGGACCUCAUUGGGAAGCCCUGACUCAGAGAACACAGAAGAGUUGCCCAUCCUGCAGUCCACAUUUAAACCUGUUGCAAUUCUCCAUAUCCUUGUGAGACUAGGGUGGGUUAGACUUACUUCCACAACUGAAGAAAACAUUCACGUGAAGUCCAGUGUUUCUUCUUUCAUGGUGGAUGAAUAGUCUGUCUUUGGAUGAUAAUGAAGCAGGAGAAUGGGGAACCCAUAUCCCUCGAGUUGAUGGAUGCAUCAACCCCAGCUAGCAAGGCCAAUGGUCAGGGAAGAUGGGACUUGUAGUCCAGGAACACAGAUUAGCCAUUCCUGACUAUACAGUGGUGCCUCGCAAGACGAAAUUAAUCCAUUCCGCGAGUCUCUUCGUCUUGCGGUUUUUUCGUCUUGCGAAGCACGGCUGUUAACGGCUUAGCGGCUUAGCGGCUAUUAACGGCUUAGCGGCUUUAAGAAAAAGGAAACAAACUCGCAAGAACUCGCAAGACGUUUCGUCUUGCGAAGCAAGCCCAUAGGGAAAUUCGUCUUGCGGAACGACUCAAAAAACUCAAAACCCUUUCGUCUAGCGAGUUUUUCGUCUUGCGAGGCAUUCGUCUUGCGGGGCACCACUGUAAAGCAAUAUGCCUGUGAGGGGAGCUUUCUUCAAGAUCUUGCUCGGUUGCCAAAUCUCUGUUGAAUUACAAGUACCUAUUCAGGCCUCUGCAUUUGCUCAACAGAUAGCACCUUGUGAAAUGUUUGCUGCUGUAAUUGGCUACUUUUGGAAUCUGCUCCCCCUGCUUCUGUCCUGGAUGCUUUCUCAUUCUUCCAUCGCCAUUCCCCAAGCAUGGUAUCUGAAGUGAACCAGAGCAGGAUUGCAAAUUACUGCUACUGAAGGAAGCAGACUCAAGUGCUUACACUUUUUGUGCACUGCUUGCUUCAUAUAAUAGUUGGGCAGUGCUCAUAUCUUUUAUCACAACUGCCUGAUCCAAGUGCAAAGCCAGAAUGAAGGGCUUCCAUCUAUUACUGGUUAGAAGGAAAGUUUGCAUUCCUAGGUUUAUGGCUGCCUAUUCUUCUGUGGAUUGCUAUGGUGGUUUCAUGGGCCCUCCACCCAACUGUCAGUAGAUCACUGAGAGGCUGCCUUCUCACUGGUUCCUUCUGUCUUUACACCUGUCCUGGGUGGUGAGCUUUGGCUUCUAUCCUAGCUGGCAAAUGUAUAGGUUUCCUUCUUACAUGAUGCACAUGAGUUCAGUCUCUCUAUCUGCAGACUGUUGUUUCCCCCCACCCUUUCCAGUCUCUAGGAAAACCCCUUAGCCUACAUUUUCACACAAAUUGCCAUGUUACUAAGACUAUUGGGUUGCAGAGAAAGGGGAAAUGGUCGGUGUCACAAAUAGGAUGGAUUCUGUAGUUAAGGCUAGCCUCAGCUGAGCUGAACAAUCUCUUUCCACCUAUUAACUAUCUCUCAGAAAUGUUAGAAACACCCAAGAACUAAAGGUUCAGGGCAGGAGCGUUGGAUGCAACUAGUUAACAUAUUAACUUCUGAUAACUUUUUAAAACAGGCUAUUCCUAGUACUUCCCAUGUUGCCAACAACAUGAGUACAACCCUCUUGCCUGCUCCAACAGCAGCUGCUCUGGGAAGUGUGGAAACGGUUCAGGGACCAAGUUCUGGUAAUGCAACAUCGUCAAGUAACAUCAAAUCCUCUAAUGCCGCUGUAAAAUUGGCUGAAAGCAAAGUAAGUGUAACGGUGGAAGCCAGCGCAGAUAGCUCGAAGAAAGACCAGGCAAGUUCAAAGCCAAGAGCAAUGUGCAUAAUUCUGCAAUGCUAAAAUUGGAGAGAAAUAAUUAUUUACCGUAAGGAAAUGGAGAGGAUGUCAUCUUUCACCUUCCAUUUAUAUCAUCUUUUUAGCUUCCUAAGAAAUCAUAAGGUUUCUUCUGGGGGGGAAUUAUAGACUGACCUUGCAAAUAAAUUCAUUCCACCUCAUUAGAGAUGUCAAAUAUUUGGAAAUGUUGAAGCUGUGGGAAAACUUACCAAUUUGAAGGGGGGUAAUGCAAAGGGUGGGAGGAGUACAGUAUAUACAAUAGUCAAACCUGAACCUAUUUAUUGUUUUAAGAAGAUAAAACAGAUUUUUUUGAAACUUAAAAUAUAAAACUGUCUUAUUUGGUUCUAGAUUCAGAUAGGUAGCCAUGUUGGUCUGAUGCAGCAGAAAUAUAUUUAAAAAAUAAAAAAAUUGUCCAGUAUCACCUUAGGGACCAACUAAGUUUGUUCUUGGUAUGAGCUUUUGUGUGCAUGCACACUUCUUCAGAUACUAUAUACAGAUACUGAAGAAGUGUGCAUGCACACGAAAGCUCGUACCAAGGACAAACUUAGUUGGUCUCUAAGGUGCUACUGGACAAUUUUUUUAUUUUAUAUGUAUAUGUCUUAUUUGGCAUAUCUAUGAAAUUUAAAACUAUAAACACCUCAGUUUUGUACAAACAAAACUGCAAACAUACCCAGUUGUAGUCCACUUUCUUCUGUGGGUCUUGAUUAAAGUUCUCUUCUCACCCAGAUUAUUUCUGUGAGGCUUUUGCUUCUGACCUUUGUAUUCCGCAUCAAGGCAGGGCAGCAACUUGCUUGUUUUUCAGUUGGUAGCAAUUAAAGUAGACUGUUUCAGGGGAGAGGUGAAAAGAUUGGCCACAAAGGAGGCACCAGAUCAAAAGGACAGGUGAAUCUGGAUGCUUCUGGUAUCUCCAUUCUAGACCAUAGGUGACGCAGAAGAAGGCAAGCAACAAUUCAAAUAAUAAUAAUAAUAAUAAUAAUAAUAAUAAUAAUAAAUUUUAUUUAUAUCCCGCCCUCCCCAGCCGAAGCCGGGCUCAGGGCGGCUAACAACAAUAAAACAGUACAAAAGUACAACACAAACAACACUCUAAAAUCAUUCAUUAUAAAAUUAAUUAUAUGCAACAAGGUCUUGAAUACUCCUCUCAGAAAGGUGGUAGCAACCUCUAGGCGCAGACGUGCCUCUUGGGUUUGAUCGUUGUAGACUUUCUCAAGUCAAAAAAUAAAAUCUUUGAACAAUAUUUAAAGCGUUUUCAGAGUUCCCCCAUAGCGAAAAGUUUUCCAUUGUGUUUUCUUUUUCCUGACCUUCACAUCUAUACUACCCAAUCCAUACAAGGGCUAGUUAUUUUUUUAUUAAAAGAGGAAUGAAAGAUCCAAAUGUUGUGAAAGGUUCCUUGCCUGGUUGCUUAAAGGCAGCUGUUAUUUGGUGGCUGUUUACAAGCCUUGUAGACUGCUAGCAAUGCUUUAUUGAACUCUCCUAUCUGAUAAUGCUUAGAUGAAUAAAACUAGAGGUUGCAUUGGUUUUGUAGUGUCAAUAAAGCUCACCUCUAAAUCAAAAGGUAGUGUGUUUGCAUUGGUACACAUGUUAAAAGCAAAAGUAGCCAUGUUGGUCCAUUAAAAAACAAAGAAACCCUAAAAUCCUUAGUUGAGCAAUAGUUUUUGGGACCAACCAAAGUAUCACAAAAUUGGGGCAAACUUUCCCGUUCUCCAGAACUGUUCAUCUUACACGGUUAUUUCAAAAAUGCUAGUUUGUGUGCCUUUUUCCUAAGUGUAACACUUUAUCCUAAUUUUUCUAGAAACUGCAAAUUCAAGAAAGAGCUGCGCAAGAAGUGAAGCUGGCUAUUAAGCCUUUCUAUCAAAAUAAAGAUAUUACUAAAGAAGAAUAUAAAGAAAUUGUGAGAAAAGCUGUAGAUAAAGUAAGUGAUACACUAUUAAUAUCAGACAGCAUUUAGCAGUCUGCAUUCUUCUAACCUUGAAACCUGUUGAACAAAGGAGGCAAAGAGGUAAGGCUAAGUGAUAGGCUUAUUGCUCUGGAGAAUAGUUCACACAGGGGUUUGUUAACAGAGGUGAAAUAAGUAGUUAUAAUUUAAGCUAGUUUUGUCGUACAAUCUUGAACAAUUCUUAGUGAACAUGAUAAUAGGCUAUGGAGAGAGUGCGGACUCAAUAUUUUAUUCCUACUCCCCUGGGAAACUAGAAAGGCAUGAUGAAGCUUACUCCCCACCAGAUACGCCUUACAAGGGUAGUUUAUUGAGAUCGUAUGUCCCAAUAAUUAUUUACUUUUGGUGUGAUAUUAAGUGGUAUGGUUGGUGCCGGUUAAUUUAAUGGUUGUGUGUUCUAUUUUCAUGUAGGUCUGUCAUAGCAAGAGUGGGGAAGUUAAUUCUGCAAAAGUGGCUAAUUUGGUAAAAGCUUAUGUGGACAAAUACAAACAUUCGCGGAAGAAAAAUCCAGACGAGGCAGUUUUUGCGGAAAGGAAAUGA